AUGGAGCAUCACCGAGGGGUUUUGCAUGAAACUACUGUUCAGGCAACCAAAGCACAACAAUGUACAUUUCACACGACGACUCUCGCUGGAAAUAAAAGAUCAUUCUCUGAAGCUCUCCCUCAACGGAUGGGCUCGGUAAACGCAACUCCGAACACUGAGUAUCGUAGAGCUUCCUCGUUUGGCAGCACUUUGCCAAAACUUGUUGCUAGUGUUAUUUCCGUCACCGAUCAUGGACAGACAGUACUCCCCAAUAUCUCAGAGUAUUCACAACGGAAGGAGAUAUCUGCCACUCCCACUUCAGCAUUUGACAAGUCGUUACUAUUAUCGCACCCUAGAUAUGCACUUCCGGCAAAUUUGGUUAAGAACUUUGCGAGUCUGGGGAUUAGAGAGAUAUAUCCCUGGCAGAAGCACUGCUUGAUGGGCCCCGGAUUACUAGGAGGUUCUAGGAACCUCGUCUACACCGCACCAACUGGUGGCGGAAAAUCUCUAGUUGCCGAUGUCUUAAUGUUGAAGAGAGUUCUGGAAGACCCGGAUGCGAAAGCAAUAUUGGUUCUUCCGUAUGUGGCCCUCGUCCAGGAGAAAGUUCGCUGGCUACGACAGGUGGUGCAAGGUAUCAGCCGCAAAGGUCUUAACCCCGACUGUGCUGAUAAACAGCACAGGCUUUGGCAGAGACGGGCAGACGAAGAUAGCAUAAGAAUCGUCAGCUUUUUUGGUGGUGGGAAGAUUCGAGCCACCUGGCAUGACUUCGACAUAGCUGUUUGCACAUUUGAAAAGGCCAAUGCUCUCAUAAACACUGCUAUCGACGAUUUCUCCAUCUCAAAACUGAGGGCUGUAGUACUUGACGAACUCCACAUGAUCGAUGAUGAUCACCGUGGAUAUCUACUUGAAUUGACAGCCACGAAAUUGCUUAGCCUCGAACACAAUGUUCAAAUUGUGGGAAUGAGUGCGACGUUACCAAAUGUCGAAAUCCUCGCAGAAUGGCUUGGUGCCCAUAGAUAUCAGACAAUGUAUCGUCCAGUGCCUAUUGAUGAGCACCUGGUAUUCGAAUCUAACAUACAUGCAGCCUCGUCAACAACUUCGAUGCUGAAGGCUGCAACACAGUUGAGUCACGAGGCGAGACCAACGCGAAGCCCGAGCUCGCCGGUCAGGACUAUACAGCCUUCUCAACACAAGGAGCUGCAGGAUCCCGUCCUUAAUUCUGUGGUUGCUCUCGCUAAUGAGACCGUCCGGUCAGGUUAUGGCGUUCUGAUUUUCUGUAGCACCCGUCUGGGAUGCGAGUUGGACGCCAGGCUAGUCUCGCGAGUACUUCCAGAUUCCGAGGACCUUGACGGCGCCGUUGCGGAAAAACGGGCGGAUUUAUUAGGUGAUCUUCGAAGUUUACCAUCCGGCCUUGACCCGACACUUGCCGAUACCGUUCCUUGUGGCGUCGCAUUCCAUCAUGCGGGCUUGACGGCUGAAGAACGUGAUCUAAUUGCUGACGCGUACGAUAAUGGUGUCUUGAAAGUCAUCGUCGCCACUUGCAGUUUGGCGGCUGGCAUCAACUUACCGGCACGAAGAGUUAUUUUGCAUAAUGCCCGGAUGGGACGGGAACUUGUCGGUCCUUCAAUGUUGCGACAGAUGCGUGGUCGAGCUGGAAGGAAAGGCAAAGACGAGGUCGGAGAGACUUACUUAUGCUGCCGCAAAACUGACCUCGAGGAUGUUGUCGAGCUUAUGCAUGCCGAAUUGCCACUUAUCUCGAGUGGGCUCAUAACGGACAAGCAUAGAAUCCAGCGCGCUCUGCUCGAAGUGAUUGCAAUCAGACUGGCCACAAGUAGAGAGGCAAUCGAGGACUACACGCGGAAGACCCUACUCAAUUUUACGGCGAAGCAGGAGUUAAUUCAGGAGCGUAUUGAGUCAAGUUUGAGUGACUUGUUGCGAAUGGGCUUCAUCGUUACUGACGAUGCCAUGGACUACAAGGCAACACAAGUUGGAAAAGCCGUGGUAGCAUCAGCCCUGGAACCAGAAGAUGGUGCUUUUGUCCAUCGGGAGCUGCAGCGUGCACUCAAAGCUUUUGUCAUGGACGGCGAGAUGCACAUCCUCUACACGUUUACUCCCGUACAAGACUUCUCUAUAAUGGUCAAUUGGCAGGUCUUCCGGAAUGAAAUGGAGGCGCUGGAUGACAGCGGGCUGCGCGUCAUAUCCUUCCUUGGGCUCAAGCCCAUUGUUGUCAACAAGAUGGCCCAAGGUGGUAAAAUGAAAGAGUCAACUCCCGAAGAACAAGAGCUAUCCAGGAUCUAUGGUCGGUUCUACCUGGCUCUACAGUUACGCGACUUGUGUAAUGAAUGUCCAGUCCAUGUAGUAGCUCGCAAAUACGAUACACCCCGAGGUAGUGUGCAGACUCUUGCGCAAACGUGCCAAGGGUUUGCUGCUGGCAUGGUAAAAUUUUGUGAAGGCAUGGGUUGGGGCGUCAUGGCUGCUGUGCUUGAUCAUGUCGCAGAUAGAUUGAGGGCUGGCGCAAAAACAGAUCUACUCGAGCUUGCCAAGAUCACCUUCGUCAAAAGUCGAACAGCUCGUGUCUUUUAUGACAACGGAUUUAAAUCUGUAGCAGCUAUUGCUAAUGCAGACCCAACCGAGCUUGUACCCGUCUUGAUGCAAGCCCAACCCACGAAAUUGCGACUCAAGUCAAAGGACGAAGAAAAAUAUGAAGAAAAGCUUUUAGCGAAGGCAAGGGUCAUAUCGGACUCUGCUAAUCGCUUGUGGCAGAUCGAAAUGCAACAAGAAAUACAUGAGGAAUGA